CUGGAGGAAAAACGGCCGAUUGCAUAACUUUCAGCGGUUGUUGUUCACUAAUCAGCGAAGAAAUGCUGCUUAGCUGAGCAUAGCAGGGCUUAGCGCAAUGCACAAUGGCCCGCAAUGGCCGCAAUAUGCCGCAAGCCGUUGUUCUCCCGAAAGAGGCUUGGAUGCCUUUAAUAUCGACUUGUCAGCAUAUGUCAAUACGAAAAUUCGCUUUGAGGAUAUACGAUUUUUUGAGAUCUUUUUUGGCUAUGGCCGAUCAGACGAUACAGCAAACGCAACGACGACCUCACGGCGUGGCUUGUACGCCAUGUCGACGGGCGAAAAUGAAGUGUGUGACUUCGAAUCCGGCAUCUGUUGUUUGUGAUCGGUGUCAAAGACUGGGGAGGCAGUGUGUUUUUGAGUCACACCGCAGGGGCCUCUGGAGGAGAGAUAUGUCAGGGAGAAGGUGAGUGAAAUGUGUACGGUGAAAUCACGUAGUUAACAUUC